AUUGUGUUUGGAAGAAGUCUCUCUGCAUUACACGGAGACAUUUUAUUUGAAGCAACAAUGACUUCAGCUCAGCGUUUGAGAGAGUUAAUCAACGAGCGACUAACUGCUGCUGCUGAAGAAAUAUUCCGAGAUUUUCAAACAACUAUCUCAGAGUACGAAGAAGAGAUCAACCGUCAGCGCAGACUGCUGGAUAUCGUUUGGAAACCUGAAAUAAAGUUACACAGAAUAGAGCUCCCACAGCAACAUGUCUAUGAGGAGGAGGAGGUUCUCACUGACCAGCAGCUCUGUGACCAGGAGAGGAACUCAAGUCUGGACCAAGAGGAACCAGAGCCUCCACAGAUUAAAGAGGAACCAGAGGAACCAGAGCCUCCACUGAUUGAAGAGGAACAAGAGGAACCAGAGCCUCCACUGAUUCAAGAGGAACCAGAGCCUCCACUGAUUGAAGAGGAACACGAGGAACCAGAGCCUCCACAGAUUAAUGAGGAACAAGAGGAACCAGAGCCUCCACUGAUUGAAGAGGAACAAGAGGAACCAGAGGCUUCAGAGAUUAAAGAGGAACUCUGCACCAGUCUGGAGGGAGAACAGCUGGUACUGAAGGAGACAGAAACCUUGAAGUGGACUCCUACUUGUGAGGAAAGUGAAGAUCAGACUCUGGACUUGAAUCCUGAUGAAACUCAGAUUGACAAGUCUACCACUUUAAAGAUUCACAAAAAUACUUUGACAGGGAAACAGUGUUUUGAAUGUGACACUUGUGGGAAAUCAUUUGUGGUCAAGGCCUAUUUGUGCAGACAUCUCAAAGUCCAUACAGGUGAGAAGCCGUAUACAUGUGACACUUGUGGGAAAAGAUUCUCUAAGCUGACCAACUUAAAAGUCCACAUGAGAGUCCAUACAGGUGAGAAGCCGUAUACAUGUAACACCUGUGGGAAAAGAUUCUCUAAUCUAGACAAUUUAAAAGUGCACAUGAGAGUGCAUACAGGUGAGAAGCCUUAUCCAUGUAACACUUGUAAGAAGAGAUUCUCUCUGCUGGGCACAUUAAAAGUGCACAUGAGAACACACACAGGUGAGAAGCCAUACAAUUGCAAAAUUUGUGGGAAAAAGUUCACACGUACUCAGCACAUGAAGACUCACAUAAGAACACACACAGGUGAGAAGCCGUAUCCAUGUAACACUUGUGAGAAAAGAUUCUCUAUGCUGGGCACAUUAAAAGUGCACAUGAGAACACACACAGGUGAGAAGCCAUACAAUUGCAAAACUUGUGGAGAAAAUUUCAGACGUACUCAGCACUUGAAGACUCACAUGAGAACACACACAGGUGAGAAGCCGUAUCCAUGUAACACUUGUGAGAAAAGAUUCUCUAAGCAGGACAGCUUAAAAGUGCACAUGAGAGUCCAUACAGGUGAGAAACCGUAUCCAUGUAACACUUGUGAAAAAAGAUUCUCUCUGCUGGGCACAUUAAAAGUGCACAUGAGACACACAGGUGAGAAGCCAUACAAAUGUAAAACUUGUGGGACAAAGUUCAGAUAUACUUGUCAUUUGAGUAGAAACAUGAGUACACACGAAGUGGGAAAAGAUUCUGUCUGAU